GGAAUCAUUUCAUCAGACGCCGCCUCUUUAGAAGCAGGCUACGUUUUGGCACUUCAGUAUUCUUACACAAUCCUCAUACUUUUUUUUAAACAAUACCUUUAAAACACAGAAACACCUCUCAAGAAUGGUGAACUUCCACGGUUGCACUCGGAUGAUGGUGAACCGCUGCAUCGAGCUUCUGCGGGCCAGGAUCGAGUGCGCCUCGACGCGCCACAUCGCCAGGCGGUACCAGCGUCCCCGGGAUCAGGGCAAGGUGCUCGCCCAGUACCUGCCCGAGGAGCAGGUGGUCAGGGAGCGGGAGAAGGCGGACAUCUACAAGAAGAACAAGCGGCGUUCCAUGUGGGAGCAGGACGAGGGUCAAGUCGGUCGAACCUCGGGAAGGGACAGCCAGGAGCGCUUCGAUGAGGAGCAGUAUCGACCGCAAGAGCUGGAGAAGCGUCACUACGACUGCACCUGGAUCAAUUUCCCGGAGAGUGUGGCGGCCAAGCAGAGGCGCAGGAAGAGCUACUUGGAAGUAGACGAGGAUAAGACACCUCGUCGUCGCAGAAGUCAGGAAGACCGACCAAAUACCGCCAAACCGUGGGACGAAGAGGCCCGCGCUUUUAUCAACCAAUGGGAAACCAAUACGGCCAUGAUCAAUCGCAACCGGUUCGCCCGGACCACUGAGUCUUGUCCGCCACCUACUGUCUCCUCCCGGAUGUCCAACGCAUAUCGCACCCGGAAUCGCCAGUUCCUGUACUAAUACUGGUCCAGUUUUACUCGACAGUAUCCGCGGCAACCGAUUUUAAAGUGUCAAAAUCCGAAAACGUAUUACAAUGUUGUGUGUCUGUAGCCCAGAUGUGAUGUCAAUAUCCAAAUAAAUAUUUAAGUCAAAAUUAAUACCUGCUUUAAUGGCUCUUCGGGGUUUCGGAAAGCUGAUGCCAACAUGGAGUUUAGUGUGCAGCAUGUCAACGCAUCAAAAGAAUUUUGGAAACCUACGAAAGCAUUUGCCAAACAGGACACUACGAGAUGUUUUCAAAGCCCUGAAGCAAAGGAUUCCAAAAGAGAAACGAAGGUGUCCGUAUAAUCCCAAGGAACUGCAGAGGGAGAGGCUUACAAUGUUUAUCAGAAGAAAGCUGUGGGGAUACCGGCGUCCGUUCGGAAAGUAGGAUAAAAAAAUUUCAAAAUCUAAAAUUGGCGUUAAAAUACAUGGGUAAACACCCUAGUUGAAAGAGAA